GGGAGAGUGAGACCUCCUCAUUCUUUCCCUCUGUGGCCCCAUGCACGCUCAGUUUCUUAGAUGAAUUGUGAUGCUGCAUUUUGGCCAAAAUAUACACCUUUUUUAAUCCAUAUGUAUGUGUAUUCGCAGCUAUUACCGGCUGUUUAACUACUCUGAAACUCGGUCAGCAGGACUGUGAACAUGGCGGGAAUUAUCCGGAGGCUCGACGAGACUGUGGUCAACCGGAUUGCUGCGGGAGAAGUUAUCCAGCGUCCUGCCAACGCCGUCAAAGAACUGAUUGAAAACUGUUUAGAUGCCAAGUCCACCAGCAUCCAGGUGACCGUGAAGGACGGCGGGCUGAAGCUCCUUCAGAUUCAGGACAACGGCACCGGCAUCAGGAGAGAAGAUAUGGAGAUCGUUUGUGAGCGAUUUACCACCAGCAAACUCCAGACGUUUGAGGACCUCUCAGCUAUUGCAACCUACGGAUUUAGAGGAGAGGCCCUUGCUAGUAUAAGCCACGUUGCACAUGUGACCAUAACGACCAAGACGGCCGAUGCCAAAUGCGCCUACAGAGCCAGCUACAGCGACGGCAAACUGAAAAGUCCUCCCAAACCAUGUGCUGGCAACCAGGGAACACAGAUUCUUGUGGAGGACCUCUUCUAUAAUGUGUCCACCAGGAGGAAAGCUUUAAAAAGCCCCAGUGACGAGUACUCCAGGAUUGUAGAUGUGGUCAGCAGGUACGCCAUACACAAUUCAGGGAAAAGUUUUUCUGUGAAAAAGCAAGGAGAAACUGUGGCAGAUGUGAGGACUCUACCCCACGCAUCUGUAGUGGAUAAUAUUCGAGGAGUGUUUGGCAAUGCAGUCAGCAGGGAGCUGAUCGAAGUUGGCUGCGAGGAUCAGAAGCUCGCUUAUAAGAUGAAAGGCUACGUCUCCAAUGCAAACUACUCGGUCAAGAAAUGCAUCCUGAUCCUCUUCAUCAACCAUCGUCUGGUGGAGUCGAGUGCUUUGAAGAAAGCAAUUGAGACCGUUUACGCCGCAUACCUUCCCAAGAACACACACCCUUUUCUUUACCUCAGCUUAGAGAUCGCCCCGCAGAACGUAGAUGUGAACGUUCACCCCACAAAACACGAGGUGCAUUUCUUGCAUGAAGACAGCGUCAUUGAGAGUCUACAGAAGCACAUUGAGAGCAAGCUGCUGGGCUCCAACUCCUCACGCACAUAUUUCACUCAAACGUUGCUGCCAGGGCUGUCGGUCUCCGGUGGCACUGAGGUCAAGUCCUCCGGCGCCACAGCAGAUUCUACUGAGAGAGUCUACGCGCAUCAGAUGGUGCGGACCGACUGUCGCGCUCAGAAGCUAGACGCCUUCCUCCAGCCGAAAGAGAGGCCGCCUCCUGACCCCGAACCAGCUGGCCCCAGCAGCAAAGAGGCUGCGACCAAAACCAGCCAGCCUGACAGCGUGGAGAUGGACGAGGCAGAUGAUACAGAUAUGCUGGAGGCCUUGGUUCAGCAGGAGGCAGAGGUGCCAGAAGGCGAAGAAGAAAGAGGCGUCAGUGCACAUGAUUCUCAAAGGAAGCGUCCGAGGAAAGAGCAGCAGCAGCAGCAUCAGGAGGAAGAAGUAGAAGAAGAAGAAAAGGAGGACCAGAUGGCUGCAGCCAUGCCCAAGAGACGAGCCAUAAAACUGAGCAGCAUCAAAGAGCUGAGAGCGGAGAUCACUGAGAACACACACAAAGGUCUUCAAGAAAUGCUGCAGAACCACUCAUUUGUGGGCUGCAUCAAUCCCCAAUGGACGCUGAUCCAGCAUCACACCAAACUGUACCUGCUCAACACCACCAAACUCAGCCAGGAGCUUUUCUACCAAAUACUGAUCUACGACUUCGGGAACUUUGGUGUACUAAGACUAUCUACUCCGGCUCCGCUCUAUGACCUGGCCAUGUUGGCUCUGGACUGUGAGGAGAGUGGCUGGACAGAAGAGGACGGACCCAAAGAAGGCCUGGCUCAGUACAUCGUGGACUUCCUGAAGAAGAAAUCUGAGAUGCUGGAGGACUACUUCUCCAUGGAGAUAGACCAGGACGGGAAUCUGACAGGACUGCCACUACUGCUCGACAAGUACACUCCUAUCAUGGAAGGUCUGCCCAUGUUCAUCCUGCGCCUGGCCACUGAGGUGAACUGGGACAAUGAGAAGGAGUGCUUCAGGGACUUCAGUAAGGAGUGCAGCAUGUUCUACUCUAUCAGGAAGCAGUACAUCCUGGAGGCCGAGCGGGGAGAGGAGCAGGAUGGUGAGGCGAACUCGUGGCGUUGGAAAGUAGAGCACAUCAUCUUCAAAGCUUUCCGAACCCUCUUCAGUCCUCCGAAGAACUUCAGCGAGGACGGCACAGUGUUGCAGAUCGCCAACUUACCUGACCUCUACAAAGUGUUUGAGAGGUGCUGAAUCUUUUGUUAUCAUCAAAUGACUUUGGGGGGAAAGAAGAAGAAGGAAAAAAAAAAAAAAUCAACCCUACAUGCUGCUCUUUGUGUACAUGAUGUAACAUUUGUGCUGUAAAUAAAUACUUGGUAUGAAACAAAACUUCAAA